AUGUCCGCUCAACCACCCGCCGAACAACCCUGGCACGCCGCCUUCCCAGCACCCCGCAAUACCGCCCGCAGCAUCUCCCGAGAAGAUAUGCUCCAGUGGAUGCGGGAGGGCAAGCAGCCAGGGAAGGACUACGUACUUGUUGAUCUUCGCCGGAAUGACCACGAAGGAGGAACGAUCAAGGGCUCGCUGAACCUGCCCGCUCAGAGCUUGUAUUAUUCUCUGCCGACGGUGUAUAAUCUUCUCCGUGCCGGAGGGGUCAAGUACAUUAUUUGGUAUUGUGGCUCUUCGGCGGGGAGGGGGACUCGAGCUGCGAAUUGGUUUGCGGAUUACCUUGAGGACCGUAAAGACAACUCGAUCGAGAGCUUGGUGCUACAGGGUGGAAUCAAGGGGUGGGUGGGUGCUGGUGAGGAAUAUAGGGAGUUGAUGGAGGGGUUUGAUGCACAGGUUUGGCAGAAGAAUGGGAUUGAGUUGAAGUGA